UGUUUUCAGAGCGAGAGAGAGAGAGAGAGAGAGAGAGAGAGAGAGGUUGAAAAGGGUAGCCUUCUUCGCGCUGCAUCCGGGGUACACAGCAGCUCCAUGGAGAUGCAGUGAGUCUUGUGUGUGGUGCGGUGUGUGUGCGUGUGUGUGUGUGUAUAGACUAGAAACCAAAGUAAAGUAAACGGGGGAGGGACGGCUACGAGGAGGGGAGAGCGAGUCUUUAAGCGAGUUGGUUACAAUGCGUCUUUCACGGUGCUGAACGGUCUCGGUGAACGAUGAGCCAACUUCGCCGGUCGUCUCGAAGCGGAGCGAGCCACUCUUGAGCCCCGAAAACGCGAGUCCUUCUUGGCUGGAGGGGGGGUGGGAGAGAGCGAGAAUGAAGAAGCCGAGCGCCCUGCUCCCUGUUGUCGGCUUGACUGGGAAAUGGUAGCGUACUGUAGGCACCGCACUGGGAAGGAACAUGGUCGAGAGGAGCAGCAAAUUCUUGUUGAUCGUCGUCGGAUCCGUGUGUUUCAUGCUGAUUCUCUAUCAGUACGUGGCUCCCGGGGUGAUCAAUUUCGGCUCCCCGCACGGUUAUUUCACGGAGGAAGACGAGGGGGACAUCUUCCCCACUCCGGACCCCCACUACGUUAAGAAAUACUACUUCCCUGUCAGGGACCUGGAGAGGACGAUCGAUUUCCAAAUCAAAGGGGAGGACGUGAUCGUGUUUUUGCACAUCCAGAAGACCGGGGGGACUACAUUCGGCAGGCACCUGGUCCAGAAUGUCCGUCUGGAGGUCCCCUGCGACUGCAGACCGGGCCAGAAGAAGUGUACCUGCUACCGGCCGAACCGCAAGGAGACCUGGCUCUUCUCCCGGUUCUCCACCGGCUGGAGCUGCGGCUUGCACGCCGACUGGACCGAGCUCACCAACUGUGUGCCGGGGGUCCUCAACAAGAAGGAGAACAAGCAGAAAAAUCAAAGGAAGUUCUACUACAUCACUCUGCUGAGGGACCCUGUGUCCCGAUACCUCAGUGAGUGGAGGCACGUGCAGCGGGGAGCCACGUGGAAAACCUCCCUGCACAUGUGCGAUGGACGGACCCCGACACCCGAGGAGCUGCCCUCGUGCUACGAGGGCUCUGACUGGUCAGGGUGCACCCUGCAGCAGUUCAUGGACUGUCCCUACAACCUGGCCAAUAACAGACAGGUUCGUAUGCUGGCAGACCUGAGCCUCGUCGGCUGCUACAACAUGUCUACGGUUCCAGAGAAGAAAAGGGCCCAACUUCUCCUGGAGUCGGCCAAGAAGAACCUGCGAGACAUGGCCUUCUUCGGUCUGACGGAGUACCAGAGGAAAACCCAGUUCCUGUUUGAGCGAACCUUCAGGUUACGUUUCAUCAGGCCCUUCAUGCAGUACAACAGCACCCGGGCUGCAGGGGUGGACCUGGACAAUGCUACGGUCCAGCGUAUAGAGGAGUUAAAUGAGCUAGACAUGGAGCUGUAUGACUACGCCAAGGACCUGUUCCAGCAGCGCUACCAGUACACCAGGCAGCAGGAGAGGCGUCAGCAGCGCAUCAAGAACCACAUGCAGAGCCACCAGGGCCUGGGCCUGGGCGUCGGCCUGUGGCCCUCCCGCAGCCGGCAGGGCUCGGUGUCGACACUGGAGUACGGAGAGGGGGAGCGGGAGGAGCGGGAGGAGGGCGAGGAGGGAGGCAGAACGGAGGAGGCGGGCAGCAGGCUCCCCACUGAGGACUACAUGAACCAGAUCAUCAACCGCUGGUAGCAGCAGAAUGAGAACAAACACACAGACAUGCAUAUGUAAUGUGAAAUAUACACACACAUAUACACACAGCCAAACACACACACACACACACACACACACACACACACACACACUUACAUAUACAGGAAGUGGCGCCUGCAUCAAAGACCCAAAUGAAUGACAAAAAGACUUUACCGGAGAGUUGGGCUGUGGGAAAUGAGAGUCCAAGUGGUUGCUAUGGAGACCAGGGCUUGGUCGGUUGCAUCAGCUCAUGUUAUUGAGGUUUGCCCAGUUGUUAUUAGCACCCGCUUGCCCUUUCCCCCCUUUCUGGGUUUCUCUGUCUCUCUCAUCAUCAUUUACUGACUGAGCAGAGGAGAGAUAUUUUUAAGAGUUGCUGACAACUGAGUAUCUCAUCCAUCUCUCCUGCCUCCCCCUCCUCCUCCUCCUCCUCCUGUACUCCUCUCGUUCUCUGUGGCCUGAUAUGGAGCAUGAGAAAAUAAAAUUAAGUCUGUGAAUUCCCGCUAAUCCUUGCUAAGGACCAGUCUACUUCCUGGAUGCUCCGAUUUCAAGAGGAACUGGGAAAGCAAUGAAAAGUAUGCGAACGGCUGAGCAGAACAAAGAAAAUGGUGGGAAUAACAGGAGAGACUGUAACUGAAAGAAACAAUGGAAGAAGUUGGACUGAGUUGUGUAAUAAAGCUUUCCGCUUAAAAAAAAAAAAAAAAUCAGCCAUUUCACCCAUGAACACGCUUUUUGGUCAUGAAAUAGUGACAGUCUCAUUCUCAUUUUAGGAUGAUUUCAUUUGUAUUUUCCUUUUUGUGUUUAUGCUUUUUUAAAAGCAGAAUUGUAAUAACACUGAGACCAAUAUUGCUGCCUAAAGAAAAGUGAUUCCUUUAUUUCUUUAUUUUUGUUUGUUUUAUAAGUCAAAGCUAAUGGAUUGGGAUUGACGUACAAUGGACCAUAGCCAUUACUGAAGCCUUGCAUCUUGGGGGGGGGGGGGGGGAAGUGGCCUGUUUCUCUGUUAGAGGUUCCCAAAGCUCCUGUCGCUUAACGAGUUCAUUAUUUCUCCUUUUUCUUUUUUUUUUUUUUGUGGCUCGGUUCUACAGAGAAUGACGGCCAAUUACACAGCCCAGUCUCACAUAGGUGCGAAAGAAAUCAAAGGCAGGGAGAGGAGAGAGUCUGCUGCAGGUUGUUGCCAGGAACCGUGCUGUGUGAGCGGCAAGCGCUUUGGAAGCCUUAACUCAGACAAAUGCUCGAGAUGGGAGUUGCGGAACUACCGGUCACCAUGGCAAUGUGAGCCCUUAAUGUAGUGGGUGGCAUUUUCAGUUUCUCUCAGUUAGUUUUUUUUUUUCCUUUCUUUCUUUCUGACCAAGAGCUGCGGCGGUGUCAAACAAGCCUCCAUCCCACCUGCUGAAAGGGCACACACAGCGCUGGUGACCUGUAGUUCGUUAGCGCGACUGGUAUUUUAGUUGGUUUUACCUUGAGGAACGGACGGGGCGAGGUAGCAGUGCCUCUAUGUACUGGGAUCAUAGUCAACAUAAUUAUUGCCAGAUACUAUGUCUGCAUUAUACUACGGUAAUUUCUCUGACUACUCGUGUGUCGGUGUGGAUGAGUGUGUUUCCGUAUGUGUGUGUGUAUGUAAAUAGUAUGUACAGUAUGCCUUUGAUUGGCGUAUGUGUAUGCCUUUGUAAAUAGUGUGCCUGAGUGAGAGAGGAUGUCUGAUGAGUUUUGUGAGUGACUGGUUUCAUGACCAAUUAUCUUGCCAUGUUUUUUUUUGGUGGUGGGAGGGCAAGGCAGCAAAGUCCCUCCAAUAGCAAGUCACAGCAGUGUGACCAUCGCAGUGAUGCAAGCCAAUAAUACACCCCUCCGCCCUUUUCCUUUACCAUUUUUGAUCCCCCUUUUCUUGUCUCCUCCUGAUGACCUGGUUACAUAUGAAGAUUUCUUUACUUUAAUUAUCUGAAAUCUGCCUGUGUGACAUGUCUUUACCCCCUGGCAGCAAAAUCUACAAGUAGGGUUGGGUUGCGAUAGGCAAACAUCAGUGGCUGUGGACUCAUUUGUUACCUCAGCAGUCAGUACAUUACUCUAUGUUUUGGUCACAAAGUGUUGCCUACACAAAAGGUUGAAAUCAGUCAGUUUUUUCUGUACUUGCUAUCCAGCCGCAUCUUCAAAGCUAUUUCUGUGACCCCACAGGUUUCAGAUGUCUGCCUGGAAAGCAAAUUUAACACUGAAAUUUAAAUAGAUUGUGGUGCCCCAGCACAGCCUCAGCAGCUGACAUGUUGUACGUUCCAGCAUCAAGAAAGUCUGUGGAAAUAUUGAACUUUUUAUCAGUCUGAAAAUAACAUUGGAGAAGCAGCUUGCUCCUGGAUAAUAAAAUAACACAGGGAACACAAUUUGACCAAACCACAGAGUCCUGAGAUCACAGAUGUUUCCAGUUAGUAUUGAUUUCGUAAUGCACUCAGCCAAAGAUGGUUUGUUAGGGAACAGAGACAUCACUCUGUAACACCACACUAUAACUGUAAGUGUGAUUUUGUACCAACAGAGUGGUGACACUUCUUUACUUCUAGCUGAGCACCUCUCUCAGGAGAAUCUCAAACUUUUUGCCAUACAAUAUCAAUAUUUUAUGAGUACCAGCUUCAGAGAGAGAGACCUCCAGAAUUUAGAGCGAGAAGCUCACAAAAAAUAAGGUGUAAAACUAGGUAAGCUACAUGUGUUAUUUCAGUGUGUCAGAUACAUUUCAUAUGUUACAAUCUUCAUCUCAUUUUCAGGUUGUAGUUGCAACUUACGUCAUCUGCAAUUUAAGUUGCUUGUAAAACGUUAAAAUCCCAACCUAGUUAUAUUCAGUUCUGGAUUUGGAUUGGACAAAAUGCUAUCAAAAACCCCAACCCUAUCUUCAAGCAAAGAAUCUGAGCAAUAAGAGGAGAGAAACCAAUGAGAGGGUGGAGAAAGAAUUUAAAAGUGUAAAGGGAAACAGACAUGUCACAGGGCAAUUAAAUCAAACUGAAUGUAGUCCACAGGCAACCUGCUUCCUCUGUAUUACCAUAAAUAACUUCUUGUAUCCUGUUGUUAACAUUGGUUUGUUUUGUUUUUUUUAAGUCAAAAGGGGGGAGAAAUUAACAGUUGAACCACCCACCAUCGCCCUUGUUCAAUUUCAGCUAAUCACCCUGGAUCCAGGGUGUCUCUCUUUUUGAUCAGCGCCUUUUUUAAUCAGGGAUGAUUCAUGAAGGGAAGGAGAGAAGAACAAGAGGGGGGGAUGAUGAAAGGUAUUGGGACACAUCCAGCGUCAAUAUGCUGCUUUUUGUGUAGCCUUCAAAGUAACGCAAUAGGGACGUGGAAAUGGAUAUGGAAAGAGAGAUGUCUCUUUAUUAUUAUUUUUUUGUUUGUUUCAUAUUAACUUCCCCUUCAUUGUAUUUGUGAAACUGGAGACUUGAAAAUACUGCAGCUCCAGGCAUUUUGCCCACAACCCCUCUUUUUUUUCAGAGUCAGACUUAUAUUAGACCACAUUUGGGCUCCAAACCAAUAUCUGGUUCCACUGGAAAAACAAACCUGAUUCUUUAUCUUGAGGGUGUUUUUUUUUUUUUUUUCAGCUUUCCAGUCUCAAGUGAUGAUAAGAUUUGAAGCAGUCCCUUAAAAAUACUCAACCGUACCCGAUCAGUGUGUGAAAGAGGAAAACUCCUCUCGCUGACAUGAUUCCAGAAACUGAUGCUGUAAAGCUAUACUCAAAUGUUUUAUGUCUCAUCACAACGUAUAUCUGAUGUCUUAACAGCGUUUCCUUUGUGACAAUGAAGCAACCCAGGUGUCACUACCAUCAUCAUUUUUUUUUUUGUUAUUAUUAUUUUUUUUUAAUGUGUUAAAGAAAGUGUGAUAGAGACUUGUUUUUUUGGAUUGGUGUGCAGUCUGUCUCUGGCUCUUUCUGUAUGCAUAAUUCUGGGUUUGUUUCUUAUGAUUGCAAAAAUGAAUCAUCAAGCCACCAAUUAAAAUAUUUCAUUUUUACAGACCUGA